CAACUCAGCUUAUUUGUUUGUGUACUCAUGGCGUCGACUGCAAUUCAAUUGACGAAUGUGUCCGUUGAAAAACAAUUUGAACAUUCCUCGAGGACUGAAACGGGAUCCACCAUUAUCAGUCAAGUUGUCGGCGAAGCCAUGACGAAUACAUCGCAGCUGUCGUUCCGUGGCGUGAGGGCCUCCAAAUUCCGCCACGUCUACGGCCAAGUUGCCCGCAAAGACAAGUGCUACGAAAACGUCAAAAUCACCAAAGACGCCCACGAUUCCAAUUGCUGCGCCGCCAAUCCCAAAUUCUUGGCCAUCAUCACCGAAGUGGCCGGAGGCGGAGCUUUUAUCGUUUUGCCGCUGGAGAAGACGGGCCGGUUGGAUCUCAACGCUGGGAAAGUGACGGGUCACGCCGGUCCCGUGCUCGACAUCAAAUGGAAUCCGUUCAACGACAACGUCAUCGCUUCCGCCUCGGAGGAUUGCACCGUCAAGUUGUGGCACAUCCCCGACGGCGGGUUCACGGACAACGUCCAGCAGUGGCUGGUGGAUCUGCGCGGCCAUAAGAGGCGCUGCACGUACAUCGAAUGGCACCCGACGGCCGACAACGUCCUCCUCAGCGCCGGCUCUGAUCACCUGAUUUUCGUGUGGAACAUCGGGACCAGCACGCCCAUCAACGUCAUCAAAUGUCACCCGGAUGUCAUUUAUUCCAUGUCGUUCAACCGCGACGGCUCCCUGCUGGCCACCACCUGCAAGGACAAGCAGUUGCGCAUCAUCGAGCCGAGAACGGGCCGAGUGGUCAAGGAAGGCACCUGCCACGUCGGCAGUAAAUCCAGCAAAGUCGUUUACCUUGGCGACACGGGCCGGCUCUUUACGACCGGAUUCUCGCGCACGUCGGAUCGCCAAUACGCCCUGUGGUCGCAGGAGGACCUGGGCGUGCCGCUGCGGAGCGAAAUGAUCGAUUCCUCGUCGGGGAUCCUGAUCCCGUAUUACGACGCCGACACGCGGAUGAUUUACGUGGCCGGCAAAGGGGACGGCAACAUCCGCUACUACGAGAUCGUCGACGAGGAGCCGUGGAUCCAUUACCUGACGCAAUACCUGUCGGGUUCGCCGCAGCGCGGCCUCGGCUUCAUGCCCAAGCGCGGCGUGCAGACGCAACUCUGCGAGACGUUCCGCUUCUACAAAUUGCACGCGACGCGCGGAUUGUGCGAGCCCAUCUCGAUGAUCGUCCCGCGCAAGAGCGAAACUUACCAGGACGAUCUCUACCCGGACACGGCAGCUCCCACUCCGUCGCUGACGGCCGAGGAGUGGAUCAAGGGCACCAAUCGAGACCCCGUCCUCAUGUCCAUGAAAACAGGAUCGGUCUUGCCGCACACAGUCAGGACGUUCAAGCCCGUCCGCUACGACCCGGUGGAACGCAAACUCUUGACGUCGGACAAGAAUAAUGACAAAAAGUUUGCUUUCAUCACGCAAGAAACAGUCGUCGACUAUCGACCGGUCGAGCGGGCCGAAUCCGGUUUCCACGACAUGAACCCGUCGACGGACGAGGACGAAAUGGCCUCGUCCGAUUCGCACGAGAAUGAAGACGACGACGAGGACGAGGAUGACAGUGAUCCGACGGCUCAACGCGAGAGGAUCCGUCGAAAUCACGUCUGGGCCAUCAUCAGCUUGCUGGAAGAGCAAGCCAAAGGACCUUAUCACUUGAUGAUGCGUGCGGCAGACGCCAAGGCAGCAAAGACCUCCUGCAACUUGGGCACAAAGUUCCAACAAACUCAACAAAUGUGGUCGCGACCCACUCGUUCCAUGACUCAGUUGAACAUUAUUUCGCCUACCAAUGGCAUGCAUAAAGCCAAUAGCAUCGGGAUCGGAAGCAUCGGAGCGACCAAUCAGCGCGCCAUUUCCGGAACGGCUUUCAUGUCUUCGGAGAAAGCCAUCGAAAUCAUCGACGCUCCUGCCCAGGGAAUGGAGUUACGGCGAUCGACGAACGAUGCCCAGCAAGUCGAAGAAAUUCGUCGCCUCAAGCAGCAACUGGCACUCAAAGACCGGCGCAUUCACGAACUGGAGGAGCAACUCCAACGUUACAAAAAUUCUUUUAUCGGCGACUCGACGGCGUGAUGGGGCAGCAGCAGCUGGCAAGCGUCAAAAACACCAUUGCCCGGCCUUGCGCCCGGCCAAUGUUGAGGAAGUCUGACGCUGAAAGUCCCGUCACUCUUUUUCCGCAUCCGUGUUGUAUAUAAAUUAUGCAAGGAGUCUGUCAUCAGACCUUCUUUUCUUAUUAUUUUUUUCGCUUCAAACUUGUGUGUGUUGCGAAGUAUCGGGCGGCCGCAGUAGAUAGGUCCAUCUGGCCAACGUCUCGCUUUAUCCACUCGGAAAUUGUUCGCUGGUCGAAUGCCAGUUUCGUGCAUUUGCAGCUUUCAUUUCGUUGUUUUCUGUGAGAAUAUUUUGUUUUUUCUGCCUCACCGGAAUUGACUCGGAAUUUUUUUGUAUUUUCUCUCGUUUGCUCGAAACCGUUAAGCAUUUUGGUCUUUUUUUCGAUUUGCGCCGCCUCGCCUGACUAGGAUUGUGUGUAAAAAAAGUUAAAAGACGUGUUUUUUUUUCCUUUCUUUGGCUCUUUCUUAUAAAUAUAUACAUAUGACAUCAUAAAUCAUUCCAUUGACUUUGAAUGCCGACUCUGUUCACGCUGAGAUUUUUAGUUUCCCAGUUGCGAGAGCUAAUCCUGGGGCGCCGUUCCAAAAAAUGCCACGCUUUUAUAGACUGCUCAUUGAACGUGUCAGUUAGAGUUUGAGUUGGUCGUUUGUGACGUGAUGCCCGCCUCCCACAGACUUGACGAUGGCUCGGCUAUUCUUUUUGAAAUUGUCGGUUGCGCCGCGUCUUCUUUUUUUUAUUUUAUCCCGUGACUUGAUUAUGCAAUUCCGCUUCAUGCUUUUGAGUCCGACUCCGCACUCGGCUGGUGCAGCUGUGAUGUCGGAUGCGGUUUACAUUUGCUCUUCCGACGCAGAUGCAAUUACCCAAGGUAGUCGUUUCAGAAAUAGAACGAAUUACGCAGCACGAUGGGGUCGUGAAAAACCGCAACAGCUUGUCCGUUCCCACGUAGUACAGCGCCGAGGAUCGAAAAUCGAACGAUCCAGGGGGGGAGGAACCCCUCGGUUCUAUAUGUUGUCUGUUGUGUCCAGUUAUUGAAAGGUUUAUCGACCUUGUCUUGUUGAGCUACAAUAAAAAUGUUAUUGGCAUAGAACUAUUUUUCGUUUUGCCCAGCCAAUUAAAACAAAACAAAAUUCCGUUCCAAUUUUUUUGCGGCAUUUCCCGACUGUUUUAGAAAGUUUUCGGAGGGUUUUCACCCAAACUAUUCAUUGAAUUCUUUAGCGGACAAUGGCAAAAUGGGUGCGCCAACGUUUUGUCCCGUUGUUCUCAUUCAAUUUUGGGUGUGGCCGACCUAUGAAUUCUUGGUUAACUCAGCUAUUUCUGACAGAGAGGUUAAUCGAAUAUUUUAUUUAGCUCACAGCAAAAGAAUCAAAUUUCGAAACGUGCAUAUUGGGGGAUAAAUAUUUUAUUGCUCUGCUAAUAGCGAUUAUGUAAAACCGUAAUGACAGAUUUAGUAAUGGGAGUAGGAUGGUUCGUAAGAGUACGACGACUGGUAGGAUGGCUGGUAGGAGUGGGAUUGGUAAGAAGGCUGAUAGGAGUGAGAAUAGGAAGGUUGGUAGGAAUAGGAAGGCUGAUAGGAAGGUUGGUAAGAGUAAGAAGGCUGGUAGGAAGGUUGGUAAUAACUUUGGCUGUAUCCAGAGUGUCCACCAUAUCCGCUGUUGUAACCUGAAUUUAACACAGUCACAUCGAGACAAAUAUGAUCGUUGUACGCAUUUGAUCAACGUAAAUUUUUAAAAAAUACCUCCGUAUGAAGAUGGUUGGUAGUGAGAUUGUCCAUAUCCUCCGUGACCGUAUCCGCUGCUGUAACCUAAAUAGAAAAACAGGGAAAAAACAUUGAAGAUUACAAAACAAAAUGUGUCAAACUGUUUCAAAUUCGUUGGACCCCCAAAUACCUCCAUAAGAGGAUGGCUGGUAGUGAGAUUGACCAUAUCCGCCGUGACCACCGUAUCCACUGCUGUAACCUGGAACCGAGUUAAAUGUUCUCAAUAGCAAGUAUACUACAGCAUCAAAAUGAAAUCUGAUUGAAUUUUUCUAAAUGAAAUGUUUGUUCACACCUCCACGGUAGCCUUUCUUUUUAGACUCUGAAGAAUCCAAGUCCCGUUUUGCGGCCUCUUCGGCGUAAGCUACGACAACCAUAGCUGCAAGGAUCAGUGCGGUAAUCUAGAGGUAAGCAAACAACAAAGCAAAAGGUAUUGAUGAUAUUCGAAAAUGGACGGAAGAUAUAACGGACGAGUAAAAUAAUUCGCUAAUAAUACUUUCAAGGAAGCCAUUGCGUUGCAGUUGUUAAGGAUACAAAUGGAAAUUUAUGGGUGAUUCAAACUGAACGGCCGGCUGAUGUCUUGCAGAAGAUCCGAGUGCUCAAAAUGUUAUGACUUGGUUCUGUUGAAACGUCCUUUUUAUACAGCCGGGCUUCUCAUGUCCAAAAAAUAAAAACCGACACGACUUGAUAUCAAAAAAUCUUACACAAAAACUUUCGAGGACAAGUGAAAGGAACGCCUUGUGCCGCCAAACUGUGAAUCGACUUCAUGACCAAUCUUCGGGAAAGUUUGGCGGGUUUCGGUCAGAUUCUGAGAGGGGAAAAAAAAAAUGUGAAAUGGUUUUUAUGAAGACUGAAAGUAAUGCUUCUAAUUAGAUAGGAACAUGUAGGUUGGGUGGCGGCCAUCUGGCCGAACCCAAUAACCCAGCAUCGAUGACUCAAAUGAUUUGAUUAUUUCGUUUAGAAUUUUGACAAUUUUUCUAUUAUGCGCUCGAUUCAUACCCCUUAGUCCAUUCAAUUUAACUAGUUCCCCUUGAACUUAAUCCCAAACACAUUCUGAACCGAGAACAAUGACUUGAUUAACGACACCCUUCUCUCAUCCCCCCGUCUUUUCUUUUUGUGGUAUUUGUUUUUUGAUCGAUUCUAGUCCUACAUUCACGACAUUUUUUUUUUGGUUGAAAUUCUAGUCUAGUCCGUGAGUGCCCGUGAGUACCGCAACACCUCUCUGGACUGUUAUUAAUACAUCCCUUUCACGCCUUUCGCAAUUGUGUUUUAUAUAUAGACUAUAUAGAGAGAAGGUGUUGUUGACCUGACAGCAUUUUCAUAACGUGGCAAAAAAUUGUAGAAUUCUGCCUAAAACCUGAAGGGCAUUCCUUGGUUCCGUUGUGUGUGGGCUAAGUUUCUCUUUCAUUUCGCGGAUGCUAAUUAUAAUGCACAAAUAUUUCGUGCAAUUUCUUUUUCCAAUUCGCCGCCACCCUUUUUUUUCUAUUUGUUUAGCUGUAAGCUAAUAUUUUUUACUUGCUAAAAGAUGGCUGUAAAAUAGUCGUUUAUUUCAUAAAAGUAUGAAACCAAUGAAAAUUGCAAAUAUCUCUUUUAAUGAAAUUUACAAUAGCAGCCGAUAGAAGUAAGUUGGACAUUGCAAAAGAAGAAGAAAAAUAAGCUUAUCUUUUCAUUAUUGUGCUUUUUUAAAAAGUUGACACUUACGAUAUUUUGCCCACUUUUUAUUAUUAUGUCUUAUCAUUUUUUCAACGUCUUAAUGUGUCACAAAAAUGUUUGGUGAAAAUAACAUUCUGCCACUUAUUUGCUUUGCAAGUAUUCUUUGCAUGUUGCAUUCGUCGAGCAGUUGUAAUGUCAAAUGUUGGAUGGAUCUUAAUUAUUACGCUUAUCUGACAAACUGAAAUAAAAGACGUUUUCAUUAGUUGGUCGAUAACUGUGUCAACAUGAGAAAUUGCUGCUUUAAUUCUUUUGUCGCAAAAUCAACCUCGCAUUUUGAAUUGGAAGCAGUCUGAAGGAAUCAACACUUCAUGGAAUCAAUUUGAAAAAGCCGCUUCUUUAUUCUUCAACAGAGGCACCUAGUGUAAGAAUUCCGUACUGAUCCAAGUCCAGUCGCGCUUCAGCUGUCGUCUGUUUCAUUCCGCGUGGCUUUCAAUGGUGGUCCAUUUCGUUUGAGUCUGAAUGUGAAUUUUAAAAAGCUUCACGGCAAUAAGGCAGGUGUUUUAGAUGGAGUUCUGGAAAACCAGUGGCAAAACCAGUCAGAACAGAAAACGGGAAUUGCUAUAAAGUCUGUUUUUGUUACAGGUUAAGUUUAGGGAAUAUUUGUUAGUCAACUUUAUGUGGAGUAGUAAGGGCUCAGGGAAAUUACUGUGAUUUGUGGUCUAUGUUCCAAUUCGUUUCUUUUAGAGUGGGGACACCUUGCAUUAUCUAUCUGCACCAACCCUUUUUUUGGGGGGGGGGCAGUAGGAAAAUGUAUCGGCUAUUUGCCGCUUAUCUUAUGCCUUUAGGCAUUUGGAAAAAUAUCACAAAUUUAAGCUUAUUUUUGGAUGUAUGGGUAUUGAAACCCUAGAUCUCACUGUAGAGCGUCAUUGGUGUCUUUUUUUAUGGGAACUCUACUGUUAAAGAACUACUAGUCUAUCGCCUACUUACGGAAAUUACUACCCUCUUUUCUAUUUAAAAACCUAAAGCUGGUUUAAGUGAACAUUUAGGUUCCGGGAACGUUGUGGAGGCGUUUUUUAUAUUCACUCAUCCGAACAGAGUUGAGAAAAAAAUUAUUAAGAAAAAUUGAAUUUCCGCCAACUCUUGACUUGUUUUCGAUAGAAAUGACGAUUGACAACAGCCGUUAUAAAGUGUGUCAAUGUCCUAUAAAUUGAGAAGCUAUUAUGGCUAUUUGUAAACGGUACUACAAAAACGUGAUGCGCCUUCAAUUCUGCUACACACACGCCAGAAAUGUUCAGUUGGCUUGUUUCGGUUUGUUUCUUUUCCCUAUCCAGAAUCCCAUCUGUCUGAAGAAGGGAGACGUUCUGGAGAUUCAUUUUUGGCACUCACGUCUGGUACGAAUGGUGCGUGAAUCUGUUAUUUCGAUCACACAAUAUUGGCCUCUGAAUUUGACUAAGGACAAAGCAUUGUUCCAGUGUAACAUUUUGGAGAACUUUUGGAAGUAUUGAGAACUUAUUGACCGAGAAAAGAGAUACGGUUGCAGAGGAAUAUUUUCAAAAAUCCAUCUAUCCUUUGAUCGGUUCGAAAAGGAAGAUUUAUUCACUGAAGAAACGAGUCAAAUGAUUCAAAUGUCAAUUGACCCAUCCCCAGCAACGUCAACCUGCAAAAGGAAAGGCAAGAUUUGAUUGUCCUCGAAGCUCGAAGGUCACGGAGAACAUUACGUAAUACUGUACGUGGGAUGCAGUGGUGUAGAGGCUAGGUGAGAACGGGACGUGUAUCCAUCAUUAUCAAGCAGUUUAAAAGGAGAGAAAAGGGAGGCGAUAGAAAUCAGUCGAGUGAGCAUCUCCGACACGACAACAACUGCAGCGCACUAGUUGUCACCAACUGCAUUCCUCAUCGUGUAAUCAAUUCGCAAUCAUGGGUAACUAUAACUACAACAGCGUCGUGCUGCUGUUGGGUUUGUAUCGUUGAUGGCGGACCACGUGUGAACCGAUGUCUCCUGUGUGUGGUGGACAUGUUGGCCCCAAGUUACAUCACCAAAGCGCCUGAUUACUGAGGCCUUAGUACUACACCACCAAAGCUCCGAACCGAGUCUCCAGCUUAUUACACCACAAAGCGGUCGAAUACUACACCGAAGCGCCCAGGUACAUUGUUCUCUGCCCCAGAUUUCAUCAGCGAGGCACCGGAGUACUACACCAGCGAGGCACCGGAGUACUACACCAGCGAGGCACCGGAGUACUACACCAGCGAGGCACCGGAGUACUACACCAGCGAGGCACCGGAGUACUACACCAGCGAGGCACCGGAGUACUACACCAGCGAGGCACCGGAGUACUACACCAGCGAGGCACCGGAGUACUACACCAGCGAGGCACCGGAGUACUACACCAGCGAGGCACCGGAGUACUACACCAGCGAGGCACCGGAGUACUACACCAGCGAGGCACCGGAGUACUACACCAGCGAGGCACCGGAGUACUAUGCGACUACGAAUGCUGUUCCAGGUUACUACACCGGUAAAGCGGUCGAAUACUACAUCGAAGCACCCAAGUACAUCCUUCUCUGCACUAACUUUCACCACUGAAGCACCGGAGUACUACACCACAAACUACGAGGUCCAAUCUCACUACACUGCCCUGAGCUACACAACCUCAGCCGAGGCGGCCAAGUAUUAUUAUACAGCGGCUGUCCCUUGUACUAUGUUGGACCGAAAUACUUCACCGAUUUUCUAGUUUACUACACCACAACAUACGCCACACCUUGCUACUACACCGAAGUCCCCAAGUAUUACACUGUCAAGGCCGAAUAUUACACAACUACGUAUUCUGCGCUAGUCUACUUCACAGAGGAACCCAAGUUUUACUCUGCUCCAAGCUAUUACGAAACAGAGGCUCCUGUAUACUACACCACCACCCAGGCCCCGGAUUAUUACACUUCAACCUACGCUGCCCCCAAGUACAACACUGAAGUUUCUAAGUACUACACCACCAAGGCAACUAAUUAUUACCUACUACACCGGAGCGCUACUCUGCCCCAAGUUACUACACUACUAAGGCAUCUGAAAUUUACACCAUAUCCUACGAUUCCUCAACUUGUUACAAGGAGGUUCUUAAAUACUAAAGCCGAAAUUUGUAUUUUAUUUGAUGAAAAUUAGUCGGUGGUCUUCAUGGUUACUUGAAAUUGAUUGUUGAUUUUAAUAAGAAAAUAAAUGUUGAAUGCGGAA